AUGCCUACUGUGUCAUCACAGCCAAAGCGCAAGCCUCAGAUCAGUGCGCAGUAUGGACGCAACGCCCGCACUGCCGCUGCAUCCCACCUUGACGGUGACGCGAUGGACAUCGACACGCCCGAACAGGAGGAGGCGGACGACGCCGACGAUGAUACGUCGAGCUCGCUCAUGGCGCGCCUUCUGAGUAACCGUCCCACCGCGCGUCCCUCGGGGUUGCGGUCCGGCUCGUCGAUGGCAGUCGAUACGCUCGAAGACGCCGAACCGGAGUGGGGCAACGAUGCGAACAUUGUGAGGGCGCCCAAACCUGCCGCGUCUGGCACAGGCGCCGGCUCUCAGCAGUCGACGGGCUCGUCGAAGUUCAAGGUUGCUUCGUCACCGUUCAGAGCUGCAGGAGCAAGGAAGGGCGGGAAGGGCAAAGUGGGUGGCUCGAUGUUGCUCUCGAAACAGGCGAUCAUGCGCAGGGAGAGCGGAUUCUCGUCGAGCUCGAGCGGGUCUAGGUGA